AAAGCGCCUGGUUUCAUAAAGGUACCUUUAUUUUUUUCCUCUUAUCAAUAUUAUUCCAAUUUUAUUGACAUGUCAACCCAUUUUAUCUCUCAUAGAUGUCUGCAAGCUAUGGCUAAAAACAGAUUUUAUUUCCUCAUAUCACAUUAAGAGAUCAGAUGUUAUGGAUGUGAACAUAAUUUGUAUGACAGCUCAGCAUUUUCCAGUCAGACGACAGUCAUACGGGGACCUGUUAAUCAAGUGGGCGGAAGUGACGACAAAGAGGAGGUGGAGUUUGACGGCAUUCGACAAUUCUGAUUGGUCGAUUGAUCAGGCAAAUGCGCGGCAAGGACGCAAAGGAGUUUCAAGUAUUUUCAUAGAGCGAUCUGGUGUGACAGGUCAAGCAAAUAGUUUUACAGUGUCGGCCGGCUAGAUUUCAGAAAGGUGACUUUAAUUUUGGAACUCUUCGACUUGACUUACAGAUUUGUGAUAAGGCGUAAAACUUUGUGAACGCUCAUCAUGGCGUUCACGCCGCGUACAGAACCGAUCGAGAAUUACUUCGACAUUUACGAUGAAAUCGGAAGGUAAAACUGUUGUCUUUUUACGUAAAAAUGUACACCGUUCUUCUGUUUCUUCACUUGGGUAGAAUCUGAUGGCGUAAAUAUUUCAUUUUCAGAGGGCAGUAUGCAGUCGUAAAACGGUGCAGGGAAAAGGCAUCUCAAAAGGAAUACGCUGCUAAGUUUGUUCGUAAACGAAGGAAAGGCAAGGAUUGUCGAGCUGAAGUUUGGCAUGAAGUUGAAAUCCUGAGCGCGACGAAUUACCCUAACCAACAUCCACAAAUUAUCACUUUGUACGAUGUCUUCGAGACGAGAAGCGAAAUCAUACUCAUCUUAGAACUGUGAGUUUUUCGCUUUUGUGCGGAAAAUUUUAUUUAAUUUGAUAUUCUCAUGAUGUUGAUGGUAUGUUCGAAAAUUCUUCCACAGCGCUCUUGGGGGAGAUUUGCAUCGGCACUGCAUUGCGUACGAUAGCGACGAACCAGCUUCGAGUAGAAGCGAAAGAGAGGUUGUUUUCCUCCUCAGGCAGAUUCUGGAAGGUGUCAAACAUAUGCAUGAACAAGACUAUGUUCAUCUAGACAUCAAGGUGGGAAUCUUUUUUAUGCUGAUAUUGUGUUUGAAUUCGUACAUGUUUCUUAAUGUUUGUUUGGCCCCAAUUUUCGUGAGAGUGUCGUUACUCAUCAAGCACUGAAUAAACAUUCAACAGUCAAAAUCUUUGUCAAUGACAAAUUCAGUCAAUUUACCGAGGGAAGAUUGCUGUUUGCUUAGUAGCACAGUAGUAUAAGAACCUAUUUCCAGUGAUUAGUUUUGCAUAUUUUCCUCAGAAUUACACUGUAACAUCAGAAAUAUUUUACGCUCUUUCCAGUGCUCAGCAGAUGCGGCGUGCGGUGUGUGUUGCUCAUCAAAAAAUCAUUCUCGACAUUUCAAUAUUUCAUGUCUGCAGAUCGACGCUUUUCUUGCCUUCUUAGACAUUUCUAAACUCAUUAUUAAUGAAAACCACGCUGGCUUAGCGAUCAAAAUUUAAUGGGAAUCUCAUAAAUGAAAUGUCUGGCUUAAUUUUCGAAUGUCUUGGUUUUUGAAAUGCGGCAGAUGACACAGAGCUAAGUAAAUGCGUUGGGGAAUUAGUUGCUUUGAUUUUAGAUGUUCCCUUUCUUACCCCUUCAGCUAAGUUUCGAAUAUGCUUAGGUGUUAACUAUGGGAGGCAAAUGUCAUGCUGUGAAUAUAGCUCUUUUGUUGUCUUUUUUAGCCUCAUAAAAGACAUGUCAGACGAUUGUUAAGGAAAGGAAACGGUUUCUAAGUGUUUCCCGACUUGUCUAUUUAUAAGAACUCCACGCGAAAAUAACGGUGAAACGACACCUUUCUUGAGUAACUAGGCGCAAUUUUUGUUGUUGGUAAACGCAAACGAUUCAGUCCGUAGUUAUUGAAUGUAAAAUAAUUACUGUUUGGAUGAUUUCCUUAUUGUGUAGGAAAUCAUUUCAUUGUCAUAUUAAUCAUGUAUGACACAUUUUUUGCAAGGCUUAACGUAAUUGUUUUGCAAUAGCUUCAUUUCAAAAAUAUGUUUGUAAUUUUGUUUUUCUGCGUAGGAAACAUUGUAAAUAUGUUGACCUAAUUUGUUCCUUGUGAUCCUAGAGGAAAUGUGUUAAGUUACAUCGUUAAAAAGCUAUUGCGAAGUAUGAUGAAUUAAGAUACUUUACAGAAAUGAAAAGUUUCUUCAAUUAUGAGGCAAUUUGAUCGUAAUGCACACAUUUUUUUUACUUUUCAAAUUUAUUUCAACACUCUGUGAAAGGAAAGGUUUACCAAAGUCCUUCAAGAAAUCUUAACCUGUCAUUCAACAUUCCCUAAUAUGGUGUUUAUUGAAAUAACCUAAUCAAAGACCUCUUAGUUAUCAAAUAAACUAGAGUGUGAGGGUCACCUAAGAAUUUAUUUAAAUCAACAGCAUUCUGUUUAUAUCACACUCUAGAAAAAUUCCAAUUUCAUUACCAUUUUGCCGGUACCAUUCCUCACAUGCCUCACAUACGCCUAAACUUGUUGUUUUUCUAUAAAAUGUAGGAUAUCCUUAGUCAAAAUACACUCUAAAUACUUUUGACCCCAAAAAGUACUUGAACAAACUAUUCUAAUAACUGAUUUCUGUCUGAUCAAGCUACAAGCACAGCACAGUGUUAUGAUUUCUUACAACUGUGCCCAUUUUUUCAGCAUCAUAGGCAUUCAAGAAGGUUUUCCUUUGACUGGGAGCUGUAUUGUGCUUUGAGAGGUCUUCAGACUCCAGCUAUUGUCUUUCUUGUAUCCAUUGUUUAAAUUGGCAAGAAAAAUUACUAACAGUUUAUCUUUAAAUGGAUGCAGAAGAAAAGGUUCAUGUCAUGGUUUGAAAAGGGGUUAAGUAUGUCUUUGUUAGUGUCAGUGAAUUUUACACAAGCCUUAUGUAGGUGCUGUGAGAACAUACAAGCUCAUGAUGGCAGUACUUUUGUUAUGAUUAUUCAUCAGAUUCUGCUGCAAAUUUGAAAUUGUAAAUAAUUAUUGAUAAUGUUAUUGUUAGAUUUUGGAUUUUCUCUUUCCUCAUAGGAAUUGACAAAAACUCCAAAUUAGUAGGAUCGAUUUUUUUGUCAGAUUUUUUUCUUGUGAGUUCAAAAUCUAGUAAUGACCCAAUAGUCUCAGACCUGGUUAGCAGGAAAAAAUGUUCAAGUUGAGAUUUCAGCCUGGAUAGUGACUUUAGAGACUUAGGGUAUUUAUCAAGGUGGACAAGGUGCAGCCUCCUAAGAAUUUCUCCAGCAACUAGGCUGGCUUUUCAAGAUGGGUAAUUUUUUCGUAUGUUUACUGACCCAUUAGCUGGUCUAUCCUCUGUUCUGAUAUGAACAAAAUAAAAUGUGAACAAAGAUAUAGAGCAUUUUAGGGUGGGUGUCUGGAACCAAGCAAGCUUUUAUGAUGGGGUCCCAAAUCUAUAAAAUGGUCACCAAAUCAGAUUUGUUUCUUAUCACAGCAUAAAAGAUGUAUCUAUACAGUGAUGGAAGUUAAUGUGUUAUGUCUACGAGGAGGCCCAAUUAAUAUAAAAUAAAUAAUGUUUUAUUUUCCCACCUCCUGAAAACACAGUAUAUUGAUCAGGACAGAAGGUGAACCUGGGGCAUUAUUCAUUAUACCUUAUAAUCAACACAGAGUGGUUGCUACAUUCAACAACAACAAGAUUCUGGCAACAAAAUGUUAAUGUGUUGUAGUUCAUGUGAUCACAGUUUAUCUUGCUUAACUUUGCAGUAUAAUCCAGUGCAAUUGCUUGAGACUUUAAAUAUGGAAGAGUCUGCUUUAAAAAUUUCUUUUUCAUCUCAAUAUUUAAUGAUACACUGAUUUUGCUAGUUCUUAAUUCCUUUAAUAUGUUAGAAAACAUGGCAAAUUAUCUCAAGUUUAAUGGAAUGGAAGUUGAACCCAGGCUAGUAUUCAACUGCAAGGCUGCUCACAGCUUCACUUAGAAUCCAUCUCAACCUGGAUACUAAACUCCUUCAAAAUAUUUAUCAAUGGAUAGUAAAAUUGCUUACUUCUGCCUGCAAUAUUACUUUUUACCCCCAAGUGAGAAAUUUAUAUCUGACCUUUGAAUGAUAGAUUCAAAGCAUAUUUAUAUUGUGAAGUUCUUCUGAUUUAAUAUGAGAUUCUUAAGUGAAAAGUGCCCAUUGUUUGCAGAUUAAGAUCUUCAAGUAGGUUUUUUUCAUUUUGAAGGAUGAAGCAGCUACCUUAUCUGAGUGUUCCCAAAGAUAUUUUACAUUAUCAAUAACCAGUACACCCCCCAAGAAAGACAAUUUAGCACCAAAAUGCUCAGACAUUAACGACACUCACCACAGGUUCAAUACAAACACACUUAAUAAUAUUUCUGCAUUUUUUUCUUCUGUCAGCCAAACAAUAUUCUUCUAAUGACAGAACAUGCUUACCCUGAAAUCAAGAUCAUUGAUUUUGGAUUGGCAAGGCAGAUAAAGGAUGGCGAACAGAUUUGUUUGAUAGUUGGAACACCAGAGUAUGUUGGUAAGUUCAAUUUCAAUUUACCCCUAAGUGAAAUUCUCUUUUGUCAAUAAUAUUCACACCUGUACCUACAGAUCUUUCUGGUCAGGCCUGCAAACCUGACCAUUUUUUUUAAUAUACUUUUAAUUAGAUUUUUUGGAAUUUGCAAAUAUUUGUACAUCUCUAAACCCAGUGAGAAAAUUAUUUUAUCCAGAGUAUUUUUUAAAUAUAUUUUAAGGUUUUUUGAUUUAACAUCAGGCAGCUUUCUGGUAUUAUUUACAGACAUUAAAUUGAGUCUUUCUGUUUGAUCAUAAACAAUAAGAAAAUAUUACACAUUGUGUUAAAUCAUCAACAAAAGAUAAGUGUAUCAAACAAAUAUAGCGUGUGAAAAAAAUCAAAUCCCACAUCAAUAAAGGAAAGAAGAAAAUACAAAAUAAUUGUUGUGUAUUAUAAGUUAGCCUGUAAUGGAGCCAAGGAAGUAAUAUGUGUAUCUGAGUAACAAAAUAAUUGUUGUGUAUUAUAAGUUAGCCUGUAAUGGAGCCAAGGAAGUAAUAUGUGUAUCUGAGUAAGACUAGUAACCAUGGCAAUGCUGUGAGUGACAGCUACCUCUGCCAUCAUUCUCAUGAUUGAUGUAAAGCAAAAUUUAUGAACCAAAUAGUUUAUCUGAGUAUUGGCAGGAAAAGGGAGUCACAACUUUGAGAGGAUGUGUAACAGGGACACCACAACCUCACUACUUUUACACAGUAUUGCUCAUCCCUUACUUAUUGAAGAGAAACUGCCUGCUUGCAUAAUGCCAGACUUUUACAUGUUUACGCUUAAAAUAAUAGAGAAAAAUGGUGACAUCUUUUCAGUCUGUCCAACUGAUGAAGGGCUGAUUACCUAAGAUUUCUGCAAUGAACCACUUCUGGAAAAAAUUCAUAACAAGUGGGUACAUAUUUAUUUUUCUUACAUUGCAGCACCUGAAAUACUUGAAUUUGAGCCUGUUGGAAAACCAAGUGACAUUUGGUAAUUUUUUACUACAUGUAUGUUUUUUGGUUUGAAAAUUUGAGCACUAAUUUAUUUCUUUCAAAUUUGUUUCUCUAAUUAAACCUGAUUUCUUUUUUAGGAGUAUUGGAGUUGUUGCCUAUGUCAUGUAAGUCUCUUUGUAAUUUCUCGUCAGUGAGCAAUUGUCCUUUUCGAUUUCAGAAAUGUUUUCCUUAGUUAUAACUUUGAAAAUUAACUAGGAAAGGUUAUUGGCUUGAUAUUAGUAAUGACACUUGAACAAUAGCAGUUACCAGGCCUUUGGCUUUUUCAAAAUACAAUCACACCGUGAUUAUCCAGACCUCAAUUUUCUGGAUUUGUUUGUUAUCUAGGAUUGCUUCUCAGGUCCCACUUUUUUCUUAAUAUUCGUAAAUCACAUUUAAGAUCUGUGACCCCUUUUUUUCUACCAAACAAAGGAACUCUAGUUGAAAUUUUUCAAGGAUGGAAAAGGGUUUAAGUGUGCAUGGUGAGAUUGGAUCAAAAAUCCUGAACCUGGGAGUUUCUUAUGCCAUCUUUAGCAUCAGAUUAUGCAAGUUCAAAAGAAUCAUUCUGACCCUCGUUUAAUUACUUUCUCUCCUUUUGCAAUUAGGCUGACUGGGCUGUCGCCAUUUGCUGGAGAUGACAAACAAGAAACAUGUUACAAUGUGUCCCUUGCUGCUGUAGAAUUUCCAGAGGAAUAUUUUAAGAACAUUUCACACACAGCACAAGAUUUCAUUAAGAGGCUUCUUCAAAGAGAUGCAGAGUGAGUAAACUUUUAUAUCAUAAAACAGAAGUGAAAUGAAAUAUGGCUAUUGCACUUGACUCCAGAUUGAGAGGAGUGGGCUCAACACUUUGCUGUGUCAUUGUGUUGUGCUGUGUCAUUGUGUUGUGCUGUGUCAUUGUGUUGUGCUGUGUCAUUGUGUUGUGCUGUGUCAUUGUGUUGUGCUGUGUCAUUGUGUUGUGCUGUGUCAUUGUGUUGUGCUGUGUCAUUGUGUUGUGUUCUUGUGUAGCGCCUCCCUGUAGCAAGGAGUAUAACAGGGUACCAGCAAUAUGUCAGGGAAGCCUGAUGAAGUACUGAUGAAAAAGUCAGGCUGGAUGGCCCCUUUGGCUGGAAAAGUCUUUGUAGAUCGUUGUGCUUUAAGACCCUGAACAUUUGAUUUUAGUAAAGAGAAUGCUUUAAAGGAGGCACUGGCAUAGAAACACCAUCAGGUUUUUCCUGAAAAUCUUCAGAAAUCAUCAACAACAAAAAAAAUCUCACUCAUUUGACCCAAGGAGAAAUUGGCAGGUUUAAAGAUGGGUCAUUUCUCAUGACUGUUAAGACAAGAAAAUCCUUCCAGGAGUUUAAUGGGUACCAGCAAACAGUCAGGAAACUUGACAGUUGGUCAGGUUUGUGUGCAGUGGACUAUUGUCUAUCAAGGGGGAGUGGAAAUACUCCUAGUAGCUUCAUGUUGAGGAAACCAGAAUGUUAGCUCUGAGAGUAGUAUUAACCCUUCAUGCCCAAACGUCAAAAUACAUAUUCUCCAUACUGUUCUCUAUACAUUUCCAACAUUACUAACCAUGUGAAUUUGUUUAACAAUCAAGAGCUUCAAUGGUUGGCAAUCAUUUCCUGUAUUCUCAUGAUCUUAAUGUGUUUGAUUCAGUGGUGAAACUGUUAGGAGAAGUUGGCCAUCAAUCACUCUUAGGGUAUAUGGGGGUUAAAGGCUGUACAACAAAAUACAUGUACACAUAACCCUGUUUCAUAGCAGCACUUGACACUGAAUCAGAGUUUGUUAGCAAAUUGGAUUUAACCUGUGGUCUUGUUUACUCUACAGUGAAAGGCUCUCAGUUCAAGAAUGUUUAAAUCACCCCUGGCUAAAUACAGAGGAACUUUUUCAGCGAAGUCCUAUACGGAAGAGUAGACGGUCAUACAGUUCAGACCAAAAUAAAAAGAGAAAAAAGCUUAAAAAAAUGCAGCAGCAAAAUGGAGUCACUGAUGGUGAGUAUUAA